AUGGCGUCAGUCGUUCCAUUUGCUUUGUUGCUCUGUUUGUCCAGCAGUCUGUUGACUGCAUAUGGUGCACCUUGCUGUCCUCCUAAUUGGACACAGUUUGGCUCUCGCUGUUUUGCUUUCUACAGCGAGCCAAAGACCUGGAUCGAUGGAGAGAACUUCUGCAUCUCCGCUGGUGGGAAUCUGGCUUCCCUCCACUCAGAUGCGGAACAUAAAUUCGUCAAAGACAUCAUUUUCAAAGUGACUAAUACACAAAGAACUUCCUGGAUCGGGGGCUUUGACGCAGUGAAGGAGGGUACGUGGAUGUGGACUGAUGGAUCCAAAUUUGACUACAAAAUCUGGAAUGCGGGGGAGCCUAACAACUACGGGGGAGCGGAGAACUGUCUUACGAUGAACUGGGAUGGAGCAAACUGGAACGACUUGGCUUGUACCAACCAGAAUUCGUUUGUGUGCUCCAAGAACCUGUGUGUGUAACUCUACCACACCAUCAUGAUGCCUCUCCAGCUCAUCUAUAAUCUCUAUCAUUGAUUCACUUUCAGUUUGUUCAGCAGACAGAAACAGCUCUCUGCUGACAGAUGACUCACUUUCACUUGUUUAUUAUCUGAAGAGUUAGGGAACAGU